AUACGCUAAUAGGCCUAAAUAAAGUUAUACACAACAUACCUAUUUUUCUCUUCUAUUCAAUUUAAAAUUGAUUGCAGUUUCUGUUUUUCUUUCUAUUUUGUUGUUUUGUUGUAAUUUAACCCUCUAUAUAAUCGCUACGUGAUUGUGUUUUGUUGGUUUUUUCUCGUUAUUAUUUGUUUGGUUAAAGACACCAUAGACGUUGUUGGCGAGUGGAAUGAAUGAAUGAAUGAAUGGUAAAGCGGUAAUUUAUUUGUCAAGAUUCCUGAACAAUGGCGUCUUUGGUAACAGAAGUGUUAAUGAAUACAGGUUUGCUGGAGAAGGAGGACCUAGCCACUCGCAUCGAUAAGGUAUCAACCCAGAUCGGCGAGUUAAAGGCGGAGAUCAGCCAUGCCCUGAGACAGCGCUAUGUGGACUUCAUCCCGUCUCAAGACAAGAUCGAGAAGAUGCACACAAGGGUCAGGUCCUUGGAUACUGAGAUGCAAGACCUCGGGGACAAGAUACAGGGGGACAUUCGUAUAAAGCUGAGAACAUCUACUAGUGAUGUGGUAGAAUUAAGCAAACAGCUUGACCAGUCUAAUGCGACCAUUGCAGUCCUUACAACACUUUGCAAGGCACACAAGGACAUAAAAGAGUUCAACACAGGGAUACUCUAUGAGGAGUAUGUACAGGCUGCUGACAUCUUGCAUUCGCUGGAGGGCCAGCUCAACAUGCUGUAUAGAUCCGGAUACCAUGAGAUGAAGAUAGUGCAGUCACUGAAAAGCGAGGAAACCGUUGUGAGGGAAACAUUAUUCUUCCAUCUUGGAGAAUCUUGGUCGAAGACUGUCAUGUUUAAACCUGUGGAGGGCGGUAAAGGAAAAGCCUCAAAGUCCAUUAUUAGCCCUCAGCUUGUUGUAGUUCAAGCUGAGAAGUUUCAAUGCACUCUCCAGGCCAUGGAAACCACAGGCUGUCUCACCAACAAGCUGGAGAGUUUCAGUAAGAAGUUACUUGAGCAUGUACUCCACCCAAUCAUCAGGAGAGCCGAUGUCCUUCCCGCCACAGAUUCAAAUCCACAGAAAGUGACAGUAACCAUGGUGAAGUCGAAAGUUGAGCAACUGUCCUCCAUCCCGUCUCCAAAUGCUGUCUUUGACAGUAUCCUCAAGGUCUUUGAAGCCCUUGGUCCGCCCCUCUUGAGCCACAUGGUGAAGCGAGGGGACCGUGGUCGGGAGGCACAAGUCAUCAGUAUCAUGAGUAUUCUAGGUUCUCUAAUCUGGCCAAGCAUGUCUAAAGUCCUCAUCAAGGAUUGCUUAACUCCCUCCAUACCAGUCACUAGUACAGAGUUGGAUGACUACAAAUUGAUAUUCGAUGCAACAAGGCAGUUUGAAGAGGCACUUCAAGGCUUAGGCUUCAUUGCACCGGAUUCACACCCUCUAACAGACUACGGCAUGAACGUCAAUGUCCAUUUUGCCAAUAAAAGGUGUCAAGCAUUGCUAGUUGAAGCUAGGAGACUGAUGCAGCAGGAUCUUCAUAACACAGUGGAAGUUGGAGGGAUAAAGACAAGUGCAGAUGAAGAGGGGUCCGCUGAAGAGAAGAAUCCACUGGGACCAGGGUUGGCAGCCUUCCCACGUUGCCUUAUCACUGAGAGUGUGCAGAAACUACUUGACAUGUGCAAGCAGACCUUGUAUGAGGCUUCUACUAGUCAGGAACAAUGUUUUCAGCUGUUUUUCACAGUGAGGAACAUGCUGCAGCUCUUCUGUGAGGUGGUACCUCAUUAUCAUAAAGCAAGUCUAUCUCAACUACCUCGUGCAGCUGCCCUUCAUCAUAAUAACUGCAUGUACAUCAGUCAUCAUCUCUUAACCUUGGGUCAUCGCUACCAGCACACCUUCCCAUCCCCGCUGUCGGACGGAGCCUCCAUAUUUGUUGACCUUGUACCCGUGUUCAGGAAAGAGGCCGUCACACCCUUCCUAGCCCAAAUGAGAUCUCAACGAGACCUACUUCUUGAGUCUGUACGGAUAGCUGAAGGGUUCCAGAGGGUGGCCGAUGCAGAGAAUGUGACGUCUGCUAACCGUGCUAUCAAACAGGUGAUUCAUCGAUGGACCCAUCUCAAGGCCGUCUGGGCCGAAGUGCUACCUGACAAUGUUUACACAAAAACCAUGGCAACGCUGGUCAACACGGUUCUCAUGCACGUAGUAGAGCAGAUCACUAGACUUGAAGACAUCUCAGCUGAUGACGCAUCUCAGCUUCAUCUCAUUUUCACCAAACUGAAAGAUGAGACACCUGACAUUCUUAAGCCAUCAGAAUCAGAGGAACCUGUUAUCAUGGAGGUGAUGGUGAAGGAAUGGAGGCAGUUUCUAGAGCUUGGUUUCAUCCUCGAGGCUUCAAUGCAAGCCAUAGUAGACAGAUGGGCAGACGGAAAGGGUCCUCUAGCUCUGGCAUUCACAGCCUCCACAGUGAAGGGAUUGAUCCGAGCACUUUUCCAGAACACCGACAGAAGAGCCAACGCACUCAGUAAAAUCAAGCAAACGUCAUGAGAUCUACCCUAUUCAUGAUGGAGUUUUAAGCUUGGGUAUGAACAUCAUUCAAAGACUUGGACAGGAGAGUCGUUACACUUGAGGAUAUUCAGAUGAUGUCACAUUUGAGAUCUAAUCGGAACAUGGACACGUCAUCUUAGUGGAAUGUCGAGCCAGAUUUUGAGUUUUGUUCCACAACAAGGUUAUGAGAGUCAUGGCAUUGGGUAAAAUCAAGCAGACAUCGAAAGAACUAUUUGGAACAUUGACUUUUAAUCAUGAUGUUUGGAUCCAAAGGUUGAUGCGUAGUGGAAGUUCAGGUCAUGAUGAUGAAGAACAUUUGCUGAUGGAAAUAUUUUUAAAAUUCUUCAAGAUCUUUAUAUUGAAAAGAACUGAAUUUCUAAGAUCCAUAUUUCGUGGCAUUCUGUUGUCUUCAUGAGAGGAAAUCAUCUUGCCUCAACAUAAUUCUAAUUUGCAGCCACCAGACUACUAUUGUGAAAGUCUGCAGCUCUUAAGACGAAGUUGUGUAUCCAGUUACUAUGACAAUAACUAUCAUGGUGCAUGUACUAACUUUAUGAUUAAUCCAUGCUCUCUUUGGAAAAGUAAUAAAAAAAGUACCAGCAUAAGUCUACCAACAGUUAAAGGUAUAUGGAAUCAUAAUGAAAAUGGGAGAUCUUAAAUGAACUGUCUGGAUAAGUGUCUGAAUAUGAAGUGAAAUGAUGUUGAACUACUGAAAUUCUUAUUUAUUGUGGAUUUCCUUUAAGAUGGGAACUUAAUUAAACUGUGUACCUACAUUUGCAUGAGAUACAUAAUUUACAACUACAUCAAGUAGCCCCCCCCCCCCCUUCUAAAAAAAGUUAACAACAAGAAAUUGAUAUGUUGCCUUUUGCUGCAGUAGAGCUGUAUGAAAUGCUUUUGUCUUCCAUAAAAUGUGAAUAAAAAAUGUGUAAUUUAUGUUUUGAUAAACAUGAACAGAAUAGAUUCUUCAAAUUUUAAGAAGUCUGUUUAUGAGUAUGAACAUGUAUCUGUCCAAGCAAUUGUAACAUAUGAAACCCUUUUAGCUGUUUAAGGUGCCAUAUGUUUUGCAAAUGAUGUUGCAAGGCAAUGAUGUGCUUAAUGUAUGUGACCAUCACCUUAAAUCACCAAUAAGUUACAAACCUGAUAUGGGGGCAAUUGAGGGAAAAUCGGAAUUGUAUUUUCAAACAAUCUCUUUUCUGUCUUGUGUGCAUGAAAACAGGUUUGAAAUGUUACAUUUUUGUUGUUGUUGUUGUUUUGUUGGGGGGGGGGGGGUCAAAUAAAUGGGACCUGAUUCAUUUAGUAUCAUUUAGUAUUCUUAUUAACAAGCUAUCCAACAUAACUUGCUUUUGCUGUGACCCCACCCCCCCCCCCCCCCUCUGUAAUUGCCAUUACCCCUUAUAAUGCAACUGUAUACACAUUUUUAAUGGGGUUUCGUUAAUUCAUGGUCAAAACACCCGCUUCCCCUAAAAAACACUAUUUAAUCUUAUAUGGGGGUCAUGACCCCCUUAUUUUUGUUACACAAGCCCACUGAUUUACUUCUCUUUUUCACAUGAUUGGUGAAGUCUUCCAUGUACUUUAACCCUCAGGUUUUGUUGAAUUGAUUUUCUUGAAAAUGGUUUCUUAAUAAUAUUGUACAUGUGUAAAACAUCAUCAAAUGAAAUGUCAAUGCUUCAACAAGUAUUGGAAUCUCUGCAAGAGUCAUGUUCAACGGUACAAGGAAGAUGAUAUAUGGUGAAGCAACAUGAACAGAAAUAAUGUAGAGUUACUGUAUGUUUCUAUGGCAUUCUUCCUAUUUCUCAUUGGAGAAAAGACUUUAUACAUUUUUAUUUUGGGUUGUAAAAAUUGUGCGCUUCUAGCCCUCUAUGUUAUACAGUUAACAAUUUAAUUAUUCAUACCCUUUGUAAACUUGAUGUUUUGUGUUUUGGUAACUCAAGAAUGAAAGCUGGACUGGAUUGAAUACUUUUAAAUGUAAGCUUUGAUAUUUCUCAUGCCCAAGAUAAAGAAAUUAGGACAAAUCAAUUUAUCACAUACUUACAAAAUUACAAAACUUGGUAAGGGUAUGAAUAUUUAAGGUGUUAACUGCAAGUGUACCAUAGAAAAUUAUAUACAUGUAAAUGUAGUGUUUAAUCCAAUCUUUGUCCACACUUACUGCCUUAGUAUUUUAUUUUGAAAAUUUGUUAUAGGUUAGGCAGUCGAUAUGGAAAGAGAGAGAGAGAGAUAGAGAUACAAAUCAGAAUUCCUUGUUAAAUAGCUUUUUAUUUACAUGCCUUUCUUUUUAUGAUUGUUUAAUUUUUUUGCUCUGUCAAUAUAUGUAUUAUCAUGUUGAUUAAAACAGAAUAUGAAUAUGCUG